AUGGAUUACACAUCAAUUAAGACACCGGCUGCUUGCUAUGUAGACUUUUGCCUCAUUCCGGUCGGAACAGGCACAACCUCUGUUGCUGCAGAAGUAGCAGAAGUACAGAGAGUGCUCAAGGCUAGCGGCCUCAAGUAUACCAUGCACUCGGCUGGUACGACCGUCGAGGGCAGUUGGGAGGAUGUCAUGACGGUGGUGGGAAAGGCACACACAGUUGUCCAUGAGCGUGGUGUCGUCCGAGUCCAGUCGUCUAUGCGUGUUGGCUCAAGGACGGACAAGAAGCAGACGGCGGAAGAUAAGGUUAAGAGAGUAACAGAUAUUCUGGCAGCAGACGCCUAG